CUUUACCUGCUUCAUCUUCUGUUGAGAGUCUGAUCUGAAAGUUGGAACUUUGUCUUGAGAGAAAGAAAGGUUCAUAGUCGGAAUCACAUGGCUUCAGAAAAACCUGAUCUCUGCCAUGUUGUGGCAUUGCCUUAUCCUGGUCGAGGCCAUGUUAAUCCAAUGAUGAAUCUUUGCAAGUUCAUAACUAGGAAGAGAGAGAAUAUUCUCAUAACAUUUGUUGUUACAGAAGAGUGGCUAGGCUUCAUUAGUUCUGAUGCUAAGCAUAGUAAUAUUCGCCUUGCCUCGAUACCAAAUGUGAUCCCAUCGGAACUUGUUCGAGCUGAUGACUUUCCAGGAUUUAUUCAGGCUGUCAGGACAAAGAUGACAGCCCCUUUUGAAGAAUUACUUGACCGCCUUGAGCUGCCAGUGACCACCAUAUUAACUGACGCAGCGCUAGUAUGGGCUAUACAUGCAGGAAACUACAGGAAUAUCCCUGUGGCCGCACUGAGGACCUCACCGGCAACAGUGUUUUCAAUGUUGUGUCACUUGGAUCUGUUUAAACAAAAUGGCCAUUUUCCAGUUGAUUUAUCAGAGCAAGGACAAGAGCUUGUGGACUACAUCCCUGGAAUUCCUCCGAUACGUGUGGCAAAUCUCCCGACAUUUUUCAGUGGAGACAGUCCAACUUUCUUGCGAGGGCUCCUGGAAACCUUGUCAAGUUUAACCACAGCACACUAUCUUCUGUUCAAUUCUGUCUAUGAGCUUGAAGCUCCAGUCUUUGACACUUUGAAAGAAAAAUUCAGCAUCCCUCUCUACCCUGUUGGCCCCAAUAUACCAUGCUUUGAAUUGGAAGACAUUUCAUCUGCAAAUUCUGCUCAGAGUGGUCCUGACUAUCUAGAAUGGCUGAAUUCACAACCUACAGGGUCUGUUUUAUAUGUGUCAAUGGGUAGUUUCCUUUCAGCUUCAACUGCCCAAAUGGAUGCAAUUUUUGCUGGAGUAAUUAAUAGUGGUGUUCGGUACAUUUUGGUUGCACGUUCAGAAACUUUUCGGUUUACUGCCAACCAUAGUCAUUUAGGAUUGGUGGUGCCUUGGUGUAACCAAAUGAAAGUCUUGUGCCAUUCUUCUGUUGGAGGAUUUUUGACACAUUGUGGAUGGAAUUCAACCCUUGAAGCUGUUUUUGCAGGAGUUCCAAUGCUUACUUUUCCUUUAUUUUGGGAUCAAGUUACAAAUAGCAAGAGAAUUGUGGAAGAUUGGAAGAUUGGAUGGAGAAUGAAGAGGGAUGCAGGAAGCAACACUUUGACGAGAAGAGAAGAAAUUUCAGACCUUGUACAAAGGUUCAUGGAUCCAGAAAGCAGUGACAGGAUGGAGAUGGUAAAAAGAGCAAGAAAACUUCAAGAUAUUUGUCAAGCAGCAGUUGCAGAAGGGGGAUCAUCUGACACUAAUCUUGAUGCCUUCAUCAGGGCUAUUUCUAAUCACCCUCCCUAUCAAGAAUGUUGAUGUAUUUCUAUUCAAUCCUAAAAUAAUUUAAAGCCGAUGGAAGGAACCCUGUGAUUUCAUGAAGUUCAUAUGGAUUGAGCAAGCAGUGGACUUGUGUUUCGAUGACAAUGAAAUAAGCAGAUGCUAGAAUUUUCUGUUCCAUAAUGUAGAAUUCAUUUUCCUAUUCCUUUCUAUCAA